AGAAAAAGAAUUCAUUUAAGUGCUGCACACAACAUGGAGGAAAAGAAAUUGUAAAGCUGCUGGCAGGUCUGACCGCAGGGACCAUGAUCUGUCUCCUCCUGUCCAGGGGGCUUCUUCCUGGGACACAGCUGUGCUCUGUCCCCCGGCAGAGGCUCCAUAGACUGGCUUCACUCCAGAAUGUCAGAAUGCUAACUCCAAAGAAAGUCCAAAGCUUACUUUACCCCUUCAGUCAGAUGGAGCCUUACCUGGACAGGUCGAUUGACCGGUCUCAGUUCCAGCACUUCCAUCCCAGCGUGGAGGACAUGAUGAAAGCAGAAACUCUCUUCCUCUCCUCGCCGUCUCAUAAGAUCGAUUACUGCAUCUCUGCAGAGCGGUUGGACCAUGUUCCUGUCCUGAAGCCACCAGAGGUGUGUUUCAUCGGCAGGAGCAACGUGGGCAAGUCCUCUCUCAUCAAAACUCUGUUCUCCCUCACUCCGGAGGUAGAGGUCCGAGUGUCCAAAACUCCUGGUCACACUAAGAAGAUGAACUUCUUCCGGGUGGGCAGAGCCUUCACCAUCGUGGACAUGCCGGGGUACGGACACAGAUCGCCCAAAGACUUUGUGGAUAUGGUGGAGCCGUACCUUUUCACCAGAGAGAAUCUGGUGAGGACCUUCCUGCUGGUCGAUGGCAGCGUUGGUCUGCAGCAGGCCGACCUGAUCGCCAUGGAGAUGUGUGAGGAGAUCAGACGUCCAUACGUGAUGGUGCUGACUAAGAUUGACAAAUCUGGAAAUGGAACUGUGCUGAGGAACCUGAUGAGUCUGCAGGAUACUGUCAGAAGGAACACCACGAGCUGCUUCCCCCAGCCGCUGCUCAUCAGCUCCCUGAACUUCUGCGGGAUCUACCUGCUGCGCUGCUUCAUCGCUCAUGUAACGGGGAGCAUCAGUUUGACAGACACCUCUCUCAGCUGACCUGAGGCCAGCGGACUGGGUGGAGCUGGGACUCGCCUAACUGUUAUUUUUAUUUCCUAAUAAAAUGUAAAACAUUCA